CUCCACUAUAAGAGGAGAGAGGAUGGAUUCACAGAGGCAUCUCACUCCCAGGACUCUUCCUCUGAGAAACACACAUACAGCUCUCCCUCCAAACCACCACAAUGAUGAAGAUGCUGCUCAGCUGCUCUCUCUGCCUGCUGCUCCUGCUCAGCUGUCUGAGUGAACCUGUGGAGAGCCGAACCCUCAACCUGAACAGCUGCUCCGUCAGUGUUCACACAAACGAGCUGCGAAAACAUUACACUGACAUCCGAUCUAAUGCGAUAGAAGGAGACAGUGAGAUCGGAGUAAGACUUCUGGACAAAUCAUUGAUGAAACAAGUUCAGGACGGUCAGAAGUGCUGUUUGCUGCAUCUCAUCCUGCGUUUCUAUGUUGAAAGAGUGUUCAGCAACUAUGCCUCUUCUCAGCCCCAGCAGCAACGCCACACCAGCGCUUUGGCCAACUCCUUUGUCAGCAUCAGGAGAGAGAUACAUAAAUGUCACUGCCAAUGUGUGGAGGAUACACAGAGGAAAAUUGACUCUGUGCAUGCGGAAUUUAUCAAGCUGGAAAUAAACCAGGCGGCGAAUAAGGCCGUGGGAGAAUUGGACACCGUGCUGGAGUGGCUGGAGGGACUUGUCCUGAAAAUACGCGCAUAAUCAAACAGAAACUCAGCAACAUCAACACUGAUGUCCCAUAGAGCGGCUGAGGAAUCCCAAAGCUAACACCAGUGUGUGAUGCUAAAAAUUGUAACUCCUGACAUUUCUUGUAUGAACUCCUUUUGCCAUUGAUCAUUUAUUUAUUUUGUACUUGAAUUAACUUAAUGAGUAUUUAAUCUACCGAAAUGUGGACAGCUUUUUUAUACAAUAUUUAUAUUUUACAUGAAUGUUACAUGGACUUAAAUGUAUAAGAAUGUAAAUGUAUAUGUGUAAUGUAAUGUAACAGAGAGCUGUUAAGGUGUUGUAUGUGUGUUUCUACUGUACUGUAAGGUUAUUAUGCAUGAUGUUUUUUUAAAUGCACUACUUUUUCAUUUAAACAUUGGUUUUAUUAAAACUUCAAUAAAAAUAUAUACUCUUA